AUGGCACGGCUUUACAGCACGCUCCUCGCUGGAGCAUGUCUCUGCGCAGGUGCGCUCGGAAAGGUGUUCCCGCGCCAGUCUGGAAAUCUGCCUACAGUCACCAGCGAGGGCAACGCGUUCUGGGCGAACGGAGAGCGAUUCUACAUCCGUGGUGUGGCCUACCAGCCAGGUGGCGCUGCAGACGCACAAGACCCUCUUCUCGACAUGUCUUCUCUGCGACGUGACAUUCAGCGUUUCACCGAACUCGGCAUCAAUACCAUCCGCGUGUACACCAUCGACAACAGCAAGAACCACGACGAAGCCAUGUCCAUGCUCGACGAAGCCGGCAUCUACCUCGCCCUGGACGCCAACACGCCCGAGUUCUCCCUGAACCGCGAGAGCCUCGACACCCUCCACCAGUCCUACAACGACGUCUACCUCCAAUCCGUCUUCGCGACCAUCGACGCCUUCGCCGGCUACAACAACCUCCUCCUCUUCUUCUCCGGCAACGAGGUCAUCAACGCCCGCAACAACACCCAAGCGGCCCCCUACAUCAAAGCCGUCACCCGCGACAUGAAGCGCUACAUCUCCGCGCAGGCCGACCGCAGCAUCCCCGUCGGCUACUCCUCCGCCGACGUCGCCGAGAACAUCGAAUCGCAAGCCCUCUACUUCGCCUGCGGCGAUGACCAGUGGGCCCGCAGCGACUUCUUCGCCUUCAACGACUACUCCUGGUGCUCGCCCAGCAGCUUCACGCAGUCCGGCUGGGACCAGAAGGUCGAGACGUACCGCGACUACAGCCUGCCGCUCUUCCUGUCCGAGUUCGGGUGCAUCGAGAACACGCGCACCUGGGAGGAAAUCGAAUCCCUCUACUCGCAAAACAUGAGCGUCGCCUACUCCGGCGGUCUCGCUUACGAGUACACCCUCGAAGCCAACGGCUACGGCCUCGUCGAGCAGAGCGGGAACGGCAUCGUCCCGAACGAGGACUUCCGCCGCCUCAAAGCCGCGUACGCCGCUACCUCCAACCCGACCGGCGACGGCGGCGCCUCCCGCCAACGCUCCAACGUCCCCGCCUGCCCUCCCCGCACGAGCGAGUGGAACGUCCGCACGGAGAACCUGCCGGAGAUCCCUGCCAAGGCGGAGAACUACAUUAGCAACGGCGUCAGCAACGGGCCGGGGCUCAAUGCGGAGAGCUCGCAGUGGCGCGGACAGCCGAGCGAGACGGAGCCGGAUCUGAGCGAUGGGACGCAGGAGAGCGAGGACGUGAGUAAUGGGGAUAACAGCGGGAGUAGUGAUGGCAGCUCCGGGGGAAGCAGCGGUGGGAGUGACAGCGACAGUGACAACGAUGAGAAUGGCGCGGCUGCGCUGGGAUUCUCGACUGUGCUGUUGGGAUUGGCUGGUGCGGCGGCAGCGUUUGCUGCUAUGUAA